UAAACUUUGAAGAUUUUCUUUCCUCGUGAAGUUGUAGGCAAUUUAUCUCUCGUCUGAAGAUACAAUGGCAUCGCCAUCAGAUCACAAGGCUACCAUCAUUGAUGGUAAAGCAAUUGCUCAAACUAUUCGUUCUGAGAUUGCUUCUGAAGUCCAACGUCUUUCAGAAAAGUAUGGCAAGGUCCCUGGGUUGGCAGUUGUCAUUGUGGGAAAUAGGAAGGAUUCACAAAGUUACGUGAAUAUGAAGAGAAAAUCUUGUGCUGAGCUUUGCAUUAAGUCUUUUGAUAUAGACCUCCCAGAGGAUGUAGCUGAAGCUGAGGUGAUUAGCAAGGUCCAUGAGCUAAAUGCUAAUCCUGAUGUACAUGGUAUACUGGUACAGCUUCCGUUACCAAAACAUAUUAGUGAAGAGAAAGUUCUAUGUGAAAUCAGUCUGGAAAAGGAUGUAGAUGGCUUUCAUCCUCUGAAUAUCGGCAAGCUUGCAAUGAAAGGCAGACAACCUUUGUUCAACCCUUGCACGCCCAGGGGAUGCAUUGAGCUUUUAGUUCGAAGUGGGAUUAGCAUAAAGGGGAAGAACGCAGUUGUGGUUGGUCGAAGCAACAUUGUUGGAUUACCAGUAUCUCUCCUCCUUCUGAAGGAAGAUGCCACUGUUACUGUAGUCCAUUCGCGCACCAAGGAACCAGAGAAAAUCAUUCGUGAAGCAGACAUUAUCAUUGCUGCCGCAGGGCAGGCUAUGAUGAUCAAAGGCAGCUGGAUCAAACCUGGUGCUACAGUAAUUGAUGUUGGGACAAAUGCUGUAGAUGAUCCUACAAGGAAGUCAGGUUAUAGGCUCGUUGGAGAUGUCGAUUUUCAGGAAGCAUGUAAGGUGGCUGGCUGGAUAACUCCAGUUCCGGGAGGCGUUGGACCAAUGACUGUUGCAAUGCUUCUGAAGAAUACAUUGGAUGGAGCUAAACGAGUUAUCGAGAAGUAAGUACUUCAUUGGCUCUGUAGACCACAAUAAGAUAUGUCAAGGUUUCUUAGCUAUUGACAAUACAUUUAGAAAUGUCAAAAUUACAUUCAUGAAAUAACAAUGAGAUUGUUCUUGUGAUAUGGAAUUUCGUGUCGAAAAAUCAUGAAGUUUUAUAACCACUCGCUUUUUAUGCAUUGAUCAAAUAUAUAUAUCGGAUCACAAUUUAUACUA